AUCAGCUGUGUCCAAUCACAGCUGAUCACAUGGGACAUAUACACUGAUCAUCAGGGCCCUGAUGAUCAGUGUAGCCCCAGCAGUGCCACCUGUCAGUGUCCAUCAGUGCCAGCUGUCAGUGCACAUCAGUGCCACGUAUCAGUGCCUACCAGUGCACAUCAAUGCCACAUAUCAGUGCCCAUCUGAGCUGCCUUUCAGUGUCACCCAUCAGUGCCACCUAUCAAUGCCAAUCAGUGCCACCUAUCAGUGCUGCCAAUCAGUGCCACCUAUCAGUGCCAGUCAGUGCCGCCUAUCAGUGCCGCCUAUCAGUGCCGCCUAUCAAUGCCAUAUAUCAGUGCUGCCUUUCAGUGCCCAUCAGUGAUGCCUGUCA